CAUAAGUAUACCCAUAAAAGGAUAUAAAUAAAAAUAAGAAAGUGAUCUGAUGAACUGAUCAUCAUUCAUCAAUAAUGUCAAUCAAUUUUUGAUAAGAGCUGCCUCCAGUUUUCCCAUAUUGUAAAACACACUCAUCCUUUCUAUUUUUUUUUUUUUGAAAAAAGGCUUUAUUUAUUUAUUAGUUAUUCCAUGAUACGCUUUCAGCUGCCCUGUAUAAAUAUAGCAAAGAAACGCCUUAUUCAUUAUCUUUUGUAGUUUUGUUCCACAAACAAAUCACAAAUCAUCCCUUCUCUCUGUUUUAUUUCAUCUUUUUUUUUUUUUUCCCUCUUUCUGCACAAUUUGAAGUCUCAACAAACUGACUGGAAAUAAUGUAUCAUCAGGCUCUCUAGCUAUAGUUUACCACGUAAUUCAAACCCAACCCAGAAUCCAUCCAUACAUAUAUAUAUGUUGUGGUACAAAAACAAACUGUCUGAAAUCAAUUACCAUCGCCGGAAAUUAAAGUCGGCAUUAUUAAAUCCGUAAUAUUGAUCGGAAUUUGGGCGUUGGGUACUAAUUUGAGAUCCAGAUGGGGAGAAAGAACAGGGGAAAGGAAGAAGAAGAAGAAGAAGGGGGGAGCUCGAAUGGAUCAGGGGAUGGAGAAUAUGAGGUUGAUGAUUUAAGGGAUAAGAUUCAGUCUUCACGUGGGAGCCGUUUCGCGUUGAUCAAAUCCCAGUUCGGUUACGAAGCCGGAAACAACCGCCGGCUCAGCCGUGAGAAUCUUAUCAAAGGCGUUUCCCAUGGUUACAUUGAUCCUCAGACUAACAGGUGGUACCGAGCGUGGGAAAAGUUCAUCCUUAUAUGGGCACUCUACUCUUCGUGUUUUACGCCUUUGGAGUUUGGGUUCUUCAGGGGAUUACCCAAGAAGCUCUUCGUUUUGGACAUUGUUGGUCAAGUAGCAUUCUUCAUUGACAUUAUUCUGCACUUCUUUGUGGCUUAUUUAGAUACUGAGACAUAUGUACUGGUCAAAAAACGAACUCCAAUUGCCAUUCGGUACAUGAGGUCUCACUUUAUAAUUGAUCUUCUUGGUUGCAUGCCUUGGGAUAUCAUUUACAAGGCUGCUGGGGGGAAAGAAUGGAUCAGAUACCUUCUGUGGAUUCGGUUGAGUAGAGUACGCAAGCUCACUAAGUUUUUCCAGAAUAUGGAGAAAGAUAUUCGGAUCAAUUAUCUAUUUACAAGGAUUAUAAAGCUUAUAGCUGUUGAGCUCUAUUGUACACAUACUGCAGCCUGCAUAUUCUACUAUCUAGCCACCACUAUUCCUGAAGAGAAAGAAGGCUACACCUGGAUUGGCAGUUUACAGUUGGGGGAUUACCACUAUUCACACUUCAGAGAGAUUGAUCUUUGGAAACGGUACAUAACUUCAAUGUACUUUGCUAUUGUUACUAUGGCAACUGUUGGUUAUGGAGAUAUACAUGCAGUCAACGUGAGAGAGAUGAUCUUCGUUAUGAUUUAUGUUUCUUUUGAUAUGAUUCUUGGAGCUUAUUUGAUCGGUAACAUGACAGCCUUAAUUGUGAAAGGAUCGAAGACGGAAAGAUAUAGGGAUAAAAUGACUGACCUCUUGAAGUAUAUGAAUAGAAAUAGACUUGGAAAAGACAUACGAAAUCAAAUUAAAGGUCACCUGCGAUUACAGUAUGAGAGAAGUUACACAGAUGCUGUUGUGCUCCAAGAUAUCCCAGUCUCCAUCCGAGCUAAGAUUUCACAACGCCUAUAUAGAGACUUCAUUGAAAGUAUUGAUCUCUUCGACGGAUGUUCUGCAGAAUUUAUCAAUCAAAUAGUAAUCAGACUUCACGAGGAAUUUUUCCUUCCUGGGGAAGUCAUCAUGGAGCAAGGAAAUGCAGUGGAUCAGUUAUAUUUUGUCAAAGAGGGUAGUCUGGAGGAGAUCAGCACAGCCAAAGAUGGGAGCGAAGAAUCCUCAACAGAUCUGAAGCCUGGGGCUGUGUUUGGAAUUAUUGCUAUUCUUUUCAACAUUCCACAGCCAAAAACUGUUCGUGUAUGCGAACUAUGUGUACUUCUUCGUAUUGAUAAACAAUCAUUUUCCAACAUCCUUGAGGUAUAUUUUCAUGAUGGGAGGAGAAUCCUGUCUAACUUAUCAGAGGGGAAGGAUUCAGUUUUCGGCAAGAAACAGCUGGAGACAGAUAUUGGAUUCCAUAUUACUAAGCAAGAAGCUGAACUGGCUCUGAGGGUUAACAGUGCUUCUUAUUAUGGUGAUCUGCAGCAGCUGAAAGAUUUGAUCCGAGCUGGUGCUGAUCCAAACAAAACAGAUUAUGAUGGAAGAUCCCCACUGCAUCUUGCUGCAUCAAGAGGAUAUGAAGAUAUCGUGCAAUUCCUUAUCCAAGAGGGAAUGAAUGUAAACAUUGCAGAUAAUUUUGGCAACACACCAUUACUCGAGGCGAUUAAGAAUGGACACGAAAAUAUUGCUACAUUACUCGUGAACAAAGGAGCAUCGUUGCAGAUUGAGAAUGCUGGAAACUACUUGUGUAUGGUUGUUCUGAAAGGUGAUGCAGAUUUCCUGCGAAGGUUGCUAUCCAGAGGCAUAGAUCCAAAUUCCAAAGAUUAUGAUGAAAGAACACCACUUCAUGUAGCUGCUUCUCAAGGAUUCUACAUAAUGGCAAAGAUUCUUUUGGACGCCGGAGCUAGUGUUCUCUCAAAAGACAGGUGGGGAAAUACUCCUCUUGAUGAAGCUCGAAUUACUCGAAACAAGAAAAUGGUGAGCCUAUUAGAAGCAGCGAAACCGUUGGAGACCUCAGAAUUGCCUGAUGCUCCUGAUCGUUCGCAAGAGAUUACAGAUAAAAGGCGGCGAAUCAAAUGCACAGUGUUUCCUUUCCAUCCAUGGGAGUCUAAGGAUGCAAGAAAAGUUGGCAUUGUGUUGUGGGUUCCAAGCAGCAUGGAAGACUUGAUUAGAGAAGCAUCAGAGCAGCUGAACGUUUCUUCGUGCUCAUGUUUAUUAACAGAAGAUGGCGGUAAAAUUGUUGAUGUAAAUAUGAUUAGUGAUGGCCAGAAGUUGUUUAUGAUGAGGGAAACAGAUUAAAAGGUUUUGAUUGAUUUGUGGUGUAAAAUGUAAUGCCUGCACCUUUAAGCUUUGUAUAUAGUGUUUUUGAUGCAUCAAUGAAGAGAGAAAAAAAAAAAAAUCAUUUUGUGUUCCGUGAGUCCAACUCACAGGUUUACUUAUUUCUCUGCCCUGUUCAUUUGGAAGAACACUAAUCUGUUUUCACAAAUUUAUAAGCAUAUGACAAUUAGCUAGACCUUCC